ACAAUUAUUCAAAUUUUUCUCUGAGUUUCUAUUCUUUAUCUUCUUUGGUGUGUAGUAUCCUGUAGACGUCGCCACAUUACGAAUAGUAGAUAAAAAGAAUAACGAAUGAAUUUCAUCAGAGCGAUUUGUCUUUUUCCCUUUGUUCACAUGGUUCCGUUUGGUUUCUUAUAAUUUUACGAUUAAUGUGCUAGUUUAGCUUGGUUUCAAAUUAAAAUUCAAUUGUUUUUAAUCGUUAUUCAUCUGCAAUAUGGAUAAUAUAAAAACUAAGGACACAUCAGUUGAAGUAUCUAAAAAAAAUAUGUAUUCCGAAGGUGAUAUCGUUUUGGCAUGUUUUGAAGAUGGAGUGUAUUACAAGGCCAAAAUUGUUGAACUUUCCGGUGAUGGGACUAAUUGUAUUAUUAACUACAUAAAUUAUGAUGAACUAUAUUCGGUAGGUUUUGAUAAAAUAAAACCAUUAAAUAUUGAUACUUCGUUGACGAAUAGAAAAGGUUUGAUACAGAAUGAUGUCCCACAUCACAAUAAAGAUUAUACCGAAAAAAAAAUGAAAGAAGAUAUCAAAAUGUUUGAAGUGUCUAAAGAGAAAUUUCAUGAAUCAGACAUGGUCUUAGCUGAUAACCAUAUAACACAAAAUCUACAAUAUUUGGUUGGAGAUAAAGUAUUGGCUACAUAUGAUGAUGGGGUUGAAUAUAUUGCCGAAAUUACUAAGAUUGGUGAAAAUGGCAAGUGUAUCGUUAAAUUCAUAGAAUAUAAUGAUUUGUACGAAACAAGUGUUAAUAAAAUAAAACAUACUUUAUAUAAAAGCUUGAAUAAACCUGAAGAUCACUUAGAAGUUGUUUCAGCUCUUAAUGACUCUCAUCAAGGCACUAUCAAACAAGAAUUCACAGAAAAUAAAUUAAAAGUAUCUUCAGAAGAUGAACGUUUUAAAGAAAUCAUUGACAACGUAACAUAUAUAAAAACUGUUGGACGAAAUGAAAGUCCCAAAAACCUUUUAGAUAUUGGAAACCUUAAAGAGGGAAGCAUUGUCAGAAUAUCACAUGAGAAUGGAGAACUUCGUGAUGCACAAAUUGUAAAGCUUUCAAAUAAGGGUACUUUCAUAGUUAAAUAUAAAGACUUCAAUGAUCUAUAUGAAGUUUAUUCAGAGGACAUACACACAAUAUGUGAUUCAAAUAUACAAAAUAAUAAAAGUCACCUAACAACUAAGUCACUUAAUAAGUUAAGUGAAUUUGUGGACGUCAUGAACGAUAAAAAUGGUGUUUUAAUUAGAGACAUUCAGUCUGAUGGCGUUAUGCACCAAACUUCCGGUGAUGACAGAAAAACAGUUUUGAAAUUUGAUAAAACUGAACUAUUUAACUUUCGAGAAGGGGAUCAUGUUCUUGCAGCUUAUACUGACGGAGAAUACUACCCUGCAAAAAUUGUUAAAAUAUCCAGAAAAAAAAAUUCAUGUAAAGUCGUGUACACCGAAUACGAUGAUACUUUAUACAAAAUCGGAUUCAACAAAAUUAAAUCAAUUGAUGUAGAGAAUAAAUCAAUUACCAAGGAUAGAAAACCAUUAUCCAGUUUUGAAUCUACAGCUGCAUUUCUGAAACAUUCAGCUGAAACUCUUCAAGUAAAAGAUUUAUCAAAAACCCCAAGUGAUGCCAAGGAUAUUAUUUUCUCAGUUGGUGACAAUGUAUUAGCAGUUUACAAUGGUGAAAAAUACCGAGCUGUUGUUAUUAGCGUUUUAGAAAAAGAAAAUAUAUGUUGCAUUAAAUAUGAUGAUUACGACGAAAUAUACGAAGUUUCAUUGAACGAUAUUGAGCCUAAUGAAGAGAAAAAACUAAAAAAUUGGGAUAAUAAGAAUGAAAAAAUAUUGGUUCAAAAAUCGUUAAACAAAGUAAACAAAAGUACUAAUGUUGAUCGCAAUGAAAUAUCUAUUAUAUCUGAACCCUCCGAAGGUGAGGAGGUAUUUGUUAAAUAUGAAGAUGAUAAAUAUUAUAAAGCGAUAAUUGUAAAUAUUUCCUCAAAUACCAGCUCUUGUGUAGUAAAAUACAUCGACUACGAUGAGUGCUGUGAAGUUAGUAUGAACAAUAUAAAAAGAGUCGAUGAAAUAUCUGAUAAUGACACAGGAACUCCUAUCACCAGAAAUAAAAUUGAGGUCCAAGAUUUACUAACAAAUGAUUCCACAAAAUUGAGAGAAGAAAAUUAUAUUCCUGAUUUUAAAAUUGGACAAAAGGUUCUAACAUUAUAUGAAGAUGGCGAAUUCUAUUUAGCAGAAAUAGUAAGUAUUUGUUCAAACUCCAAUUCUUGCGUAGUAAAAUUCAUUGACUACGAUGAGUGUUAUGAAGUGAGUAUGAACAAUAUAAAAGAAGUGGAUGAAAUAUCUGAUAAUGACACUGGAACUCCUAUCACCACAAAUAUAAUUGAAGUCCAAAGAUUACUAAUAAAUGAUUCCGCAAAAUUGACAGAAGAAAAUUGUAUUCCUGAUUUCAAAAUUGGACAAAAGGUUCUAGCAUUAUAUGAAGAUGGUGAAUUCUAUUUGGCAGAAAUAGUUACUAUUUCCUCAAAAUCUGACUCUUGUGUAGUAAAAUACAUUGACUACGAUGAGUGUUGUGAAGUGAGUAUGAGCAAUAUAAAAGAAGUCGAUAAAAUAUCUGAUAAGGAGACUGGAACUCCUACCACCACAAAUAUAAUUGAGGUCCAAGACUUACUAACAAAUGAUUCCUCAAAAAUUGAUGAGAAAAAUUGUAUUCCUAAUUUUAAGAUUGGACAAAAGGUUCUAGCAUUACAUGAAGAUGGUGAAUUCUGUUUAGCAAAAAUAGUAAUUGUUUUCUCAAAUUCCAACGCUUGUGUAGUAAAAUACAUUGACUACGAUGACUGUUGUGAAGUAAGUAUGAACAAUAUAAAAGAAGUCGAUGAAGUAUCUGAUAAUGUCACUGGAACUCCUAUCACCAUAAAUAAAAGUGAGGUAGAAGAAUUACUAACAAGUGAUUCCAGAAAAAUGGAUGAGGAAAUUUGUAUUCCUGAAUUUAAAAUUGGACAAAAGGUUCUAGCAUUACAUGAAGAUGGUGAAUUCUAUUUAGCAAAAAUAGUAACUAUUUUCUCAAAUUCCAACUCUUGUGUAGUAAAAUACAUUGACUACGAUGAGUGUUGUGAAGUAAGUAUGAGCAAUAUAAAAGAAUUCGAUGAAAUAGCUGAUAAAGAGACUGGAACUCCUACCACCACAAAUAUAAUUGAGCUCCAAGACUUACUAACAAAUGAUUCCACAGAAUUAGGUGAAGGAAAUUGUAUUCCUGAAUUUAAAAUUGGACAAAAGGUUCUAGCAUUACAUGAAGAUGGUGAAUUCUAUUUAGCAAAAAUAGUAACUAUUUUCUCAAAUUCCAACUCUUGUGUAGUAAAAUACAUUGACUAUGAUGACUGUUGUGAAGUGAGUAUGAGCAAUAUAAAAGAACUCGAUGAAAUAUCUGAUAACGACACUGAAACUUCUAUCACAACAAAUAAAAUUGAUGUCCAAGAAUUACUAACAAAUGAUUCCACAAAAAUGGAUGAGGAAAAUUGUAUUCCUGAAUUUAAAAUUGGACAAAAGGUUCUAGCAUUAUAUGAAGAUGGCGAAUUCUAUCCAGCAGAAAUAGUAAAUUUUUCCUCAAAAACCGACUCUUGCGUAGUAAAAUACAUUGACUACGAUGAGUGUUGUGAAGUAAGUAUGAACAAUAUAAAAGAAGUCGAUGAAGUAUCUGAUGACACUGGAACUCCUAUCAUCACAAAUAUAAUUGAGCUCCAAGACUUACUAACAAAUGAUUCCAAAGAAUUGGGUGAAGGAAAUUGUAUUCCUGAAUUUAAAAUUGGACAAAAGGUUCUAGUAUUAUAUGAAGAUGGCGAAUUCUAUCCAGCAGAAAUAGUAAAUUUUUCCUCAAAAACCGACUCUUGCGUAGUAAAAUACAUUGACUAUGAUGAGUGUUGUGAAGUAAGUAUGAACAAUAUAAAAGAAGUCGAUGAAGUAUCUGAUGACACUGGAACUCCUAUCAUCACAAAUAUAAUUGAGCUCCAAGACUUACUAACAAAUGAUUCCACAGAAUUAGGUGAAGGAAAUUGUAUUCCUGAAUUUAAAAUUGGACAAAAGGUUCUAGCAUUACAUGAAGAUGGUGAAUUCUAUUUAGCAAAAAUAGUAACUAUUUUGUCAAAUUCCAACUCUUGUGUAGUAAAAUACAUUGAGUAUGAUGAGUGUUGUGAAGUGAGUAUGAGCAAUAUAAAAGAAGUCGAUGAAAUAUCUAAUAAUGACACUGGAACUUCUAACACCACAAACAAAAUUGAGGUCCAAGAACUACUAACAAAUGACUCCACAAAAUUGGGUGAAGAAAAUUAUAUUCCUGAAUUUAAAAUUGGACAAAAGGUUCUAGCAUUAUAUGAAGAUGGCGAAUUCUAUCCAGCAGAAAUAGUAAAUUUUUCCUCAAAAACCGACUCUUGCGUAGUAAAAUACAUUGACUACGAUGAGUGUUGUGAAGUAAGUAUGAACAAUAUAAAAGAAGUCGAUGAAGUAUCUGAUGACACUGGAACUCCUAUCAUCACAAAUAUAAUUGAGCUCCAAGACUUACUAACAAAUGAUUCCAAGGAAUUGGGUGAAGGAAAUUGUGUUCCUGAAUUUGAAAUUGGACAAAAGGUUCUAGCAUUAUAUGAAGAUGGCGUAUUUUAUCCAGCAGAAAUAGUAACUAUUUCCUCAAAAACCGACUCUUGUGUAGUAAAAUACAUUGACUACGAUGAGUGUUGUGAAGUGAGUAUGAGCAAUAUAAAAGAAGUCGAUGAAAUAGCUGAUAAAGAGACUGGAACUCCUACCACCACAAAUAUAAUUGACGUCCAAGACUUACUAACAAAUGAUUACACAGAAUUAGGUGAAGAAAAUUAUAUUCCUAAUUUUAAGAUUGGACAAAAGGUACUAGCAUUACAUGAAGAUGGCGAAUUCUAUUUAGUAGAAAUAGUAACUAUUUGUUCAAACUCCAACUUUUGCGUAGUAAAAUUCAUUGACUACGAUGAGUAUUGUGAAGUGAGUAUGAACAAUAUAAAAGAACUCGAUGAAAUAUCUGAUAAUGACGCAGGAACUCUUAUCUCUACAAAUAUAAUUGAGGUCCAAGAAUUACUAACAAAAGUCGAUAGGGACGUUUGUUCUGUAAAAUAUGAUGAUAGUCAUGAUCAUGUGGAAAUAAACAUAACUAAUAUUAAACCGAUUAUGAACAAAAUAUGCAACAAUAGUCUGAAUUUAAAGAAGGAAUGUACGGUUAAUUAUUCAGUGGGGGAUGAAGUUAUAAUAAAAAAUAUAGAUGGAACGGACAACGUAGCAAUAAUUUACGAAUUCCUGGAUGACGAUUUCUGUAUUCUUCAGUUCAAUGACAAUAAAUUUGAACAAGCGUUUGUAGGAGAUAUUAAACCAAGAGAAUCAUGCGAGAUUAAGAAUUAUGAAGAAAUAAUACAUGAAACCGAAAUUAAUAAUAUAUUAACCGGAAAUAGCUUUAAUUUUAACAGAGAUGAAGAAAAAAGUAAUUUGCGAAACACUGCUUAUAAAGACAAUUGGGAUAAGUUUAAAGAUGUCAGUACAUCAUUUUUAAAGAAAAGUUCUACGUACAACAAUGAUCAUAAGAGUUUAUAUGUAAAAAAUGAUAUAAUUAAGGCAAUCCAUAUUGAUGGAAACCAUUGUAUGGACAGUAUACUGAAAUUAUUAAAUACUGAUUUGGGUCUUAUCAAAUUUAAUGAUUUAAAUUUAAUAUGCGAUGUGGAAUUAAACAAAAUCACAAAGGGGUUCAGUGAGAAUUUUUCAGUUCAUAAUAAAAGCUUAAUAACUACAAAGGUGCCGGCAUUUUCGGCAUCUGAAAGGAUAAUCUGUAUAUAUGAAGAUAGCAAAGAGAAUGUCGUUGAAAUCAGAACAAUCAGAUCUAUUAUGGGAACUUAUAUUGUGAAACUGAUUAAAAAUAAAAAUUUUAUUGAAUUCAAUGAUUUUCCUAAAAAACCAAAAAAUAAUAUUAAAUGUUCAGAAUCUGAAAUCAUUCCACAAUCUUCAACUGAAGCAUAUUGUGGUAGUGUAAAUGAUUUGUCAAUUAUAGAUAUAAUAGCAGAGCGAAAAAAUCUACUAUGUGCGGAACCGGAAAUUAUCAUCAUAUUAAGUGAUGGGAGAAGUUGUCCUGCAAAAGUGAUUCGUUUUAAUUCUGAUGUUAACACAUGGGUUAUAAAAGUUCUUGGUUUCGACAUUUUGCAAGAGAUUAAUAUUGAAAACUUGAAGCCUAAUAUUUUUUAUGAACAGCAUCAAAAAAAACAGCUAAAACAAACAUCAAGCACUCAAGAUUCCACUGAAAAUCAUAUUGCAAGUCUUCACAAAUCAAAAGAAGAUUACUCUAAUGUGGAUAAAGAUGAAUCUAUUACGAUACAAGUGGUCCAAUACUCAGACGAAAACUUGCAAGACAAUGAUUCAAUGGCCGUGUUUAAUAAUUCAGUAGAUGGAUUUCAAAACAAAGGUCGCCAUGCAAAUGCAUUAGUAAAAUGUGAAGAAGAAAAGUGUUCUGUUACAAAACUUAAAGUGGGCGAUUUUGUACGUGCAUUCUAUUUAGAUGGACAAGUCUAUGACGCCAAAGUUAUGAAGAUUUUUGAAUCAAAUCAAACCUAUCAAAUUAAGUAUUUGGCACUAGACGUUGAACUGAAUAUACCAUGGAGAUUAGUGAGUCCCAUAAAAAGUUCGAAUUUAGAUUUAAUACAUUCAUUUCCAAUUAUGACGAACGAAGAUUUUUACUGCUGUUACUACCAUUAUUUCAGUAAAUUAGUAAGAAAUCAAUAAAUUGAAUUAUAAUAUAAAAAACUAUUCUCAAUUACAUAUUGACGAAAAUUGUAUUGUUUAAAGAUACAUUGAUUGUAAAAAAUUGCCACA